AUGCCUUUGACACCUGAUAUUCAGUCAAGGGCCAUCAUUCAUUUCAGAGUUUCUCAACAACCAUCAAGCACAGUUAAGUUAACAUUAAAAGGAGUUGUUGAAAAAUUGGAGUCAAAAGUUAUUCAACUUGAGGACAAAGUUAUUGGAUUGGAAGUUCAACUUAAAGAAAAUAAUGAAAUAAAAGAAACGUUGCAAUCAGACGUGAAUCAACUAAAGGCCAAACUCAAUCAGCAAGAAUAUUUCGAAACUUCACUGCAAAAUAACCGCCCGUCGCCAACUGCUGGAAAACCUGGAAAGAGCAGUACCCCCAGAACAUGUCUAGAACUUCGUUCAACUAACCCCGUUCUGUCAUCCGGAAUACAUUGGAUCGAUCCGGACGGCGACGGAGGAGACAGUCCUAUCACCGUCUACUGCAAUAUGACAACAGGAUCGACUGUCAUUCUGCACGACAGCGAAUCGCCUAUGGAUGUCGGACAUUGCGCUGAUCCUGGAUGCUAUUCAAGAGUCAUCAAAUAUAACGCGACCUAUGGACAAAUGAAAGCUUUAGCAGAUUUAUCGGCGAGAUGUCAACAGUCCAUCAAAUACGAUUGUUUUUUACGCUCCACUCGAGCUUAAUAAUGUCGCCUAUGGCUGGUGGAACGACAGGGAUGGAAAUGCGCAAUAUUUCUGGGCCGGAAAUAACGACGCUGGAAUUCACACUUGUCAGUGCGGAAUCAGCGGAAAUUGCAUCGACGCCUACGCCAAAUGCAACUGCGAUGCGAUCGCUUCAGCGCAGUUAGUUGAUGAUGGUGUCAUUACCAAUAAGGAACUUCUUCCCAUCACUCGUUUGAACUUUGGUCGGACUCAACUGGAAACUUCAUUCGGUGUCCAUACGCUUGGCAACUUGGAAUGCUCAGGGAGUGUGGCUGCCGUUAUGGGAAUUCCGACGUCAUGUAAAGAUUUGUGGCUUCUUGGCUACUACCUGAGCGGGUUGUAUUCCAUCAAGGGGGCUGCAAUGAUAGAAACCGUUUAUUGCGAUUUUAAUAAACUCGUUGAGGAAGAAGGUUUUCAAAAAUGGAUAGGAUAUUCUAACAUUAAAUCAUUCCCAGCACAUUUCUAUGUCCAAAAGGAGGCUUCCUUCUGUACACCUAAUACUCCCAUUCCGUUCGAGGUAGAAAGACUCAACGUCGGAAAUGCCAUGAAUUUAGCGACUGGAAAAUUCACGGCUCCUGUCAAGGGAACUUAUUACUUCGCAUUUACUGCACUGGCACAUUUUCCGCAAUCUUCUGCAACCCGAUUGUAUUUAGACAUCUUGCUAUAUUUAAAUGGCAAUCGAAUUGGAAGGGCGCAGGUUGAUGAAUCCAACACCGUUAAUGGUCAAUAUUCCCCGUUGGUUCUCCACUCGUCGCUGCAAUUGAACAUUGGAGACCAAGUCUGGAUGCAAAUAUCUGAGGCUGAUGACAUAUCAAGUGAAGUGUGUCUGAUGGACGACGCUUCCAAAUCCACUCAUUUCACUGGAUGGUUACUGGAAGAGGAAAUUGUUGCGUCACUUUAAAUUUUCUGCGUAUAGUCGAAGAAAAC